AUGGCCUUUCUUUUGGAGAGCCAGAUGCCGCUCGUUGCGCUCGAGAGCUCGAGGCGGAAGCUGGUGCUGAGCGUCAUCGAGGAGUACCACGGGCCCAUCGUUUCGACGGUGGCGGAGGUACUGAUGCGAGCCGACCGCACGACGUUGGCGGAGCUGACUCGACUGGUGCUGAGAGACCAAGGGAUCAUGGGGGUCUCCAGGGCGGGAAAGACGAUAACUAAAGUCACUGCCGCCAAUGUGAAGGAGUCGCUGCUGAUCAUGACGCAGCACAACAUGGUGGCCGCCGCCAUGCCGACUGAGAAGGAGAUGAGAAAGGCCAGAGCCAGCAGCUCUGGCCGCUCCGGCAACAUCCGCUUGCACUACACGCUACUUCCGUUGGAGGUGCUCGUGAGGACGAGGGGACCACAGUUUCACUCACACGCAGCCAGGACGUUUUCGAAGGUCGCCGGUUUAGUGGUGGACUGUUUCUUGAGACACGGGAGGAGAACCCUGCCUGAUGUGAAGGAGGAGCUUCUGAGAAGAGAAGGCGAAGCGGCCAGGGCGCGAAAGGCUCUUGCCAACCCGGAGGAUGAAGACGAGGAUGACGAGGACGAUCAUGUCCAGGAGGUGACGCCUGAGAGCAUCCAGAAGAGCUUUGAGGAGCUGGUAAUGAAGAAAUACAUCGACAAGGUGCCCAAGCUCGACCUCGUCACGCCUACCGUCGAGCCGGAGAAGGCAAAAAAGCCGUCGAUGACCUUCGGAGCACCAGCCGGCAGCGGUGGCGGCGGCAGCGGCAAUGGCAGCAAGAGCAAGUCGGCGUCGGCAGCCAAUGGGCAGAACGGAAGGAACAAGGAGCUGGCUGAGCGGCAGCAGAAGGGGGCUGCGCAGACGUCGGCAAGGAAGCGCAGGAUGCUCGGGGGGGCGUGA